AUGGCACUGAAACUUGUUGGCUUUGUCCUUGUUGUUGUUGGCCUUGUGCUGGGCUGCAGUUUCCGCUGUAGAUCCAUCGUCUCCACGCUGGAGUACUGCUUGCCCCUCUUCGGCUCCUACGACAACCUCCUUCCAGCCGUCAAGAGUGGCUCCAUUCUCUCCUCCGACCUCGAGAGGGUGGUCAAGCCCAAUGCCGCCUUCCUGCGCGAGUGCGGGCUAGGUGCUUGUGAUAUUGCCAGGCUCUGCAUACCUAGGCCAUCGCUGCUCAGCAUCAGCAUGGACCGCAUCCGGACAGCAGUGGCGUGCGUCGAAGGUCUUGGUGUACCCCGUGGAUCUCGGAUGUUCAAGCAUGCGCUACAAGCUGUUGCAUUCCUCAGCAAGGACAAAAUCACCGCCAAUGUAGAGCACUUGAAGAAAAUGUUCAGGUGGUCGGAUGCCGAGGUGGGCAUUGCUGUUUCUAAGGCUCCAAAGCUCCUGUCAAGGACCAAGGAAUUUCUGCACUUUAGGUCCGAGUUCCUCAUCUCCGAGGUGGGCUUGGAACCGGCAUACAUUGUUUAUCGUCCAGCAAUGCUCAUGUACAGCUUGGAGGGCAGGCUCAGACCCCGAUACUACGUUGUAAAGUUUCUCAAGGAAAAUGGAUUGCUAAGUCGCAAUCGGGAUUACUAUUCCGCAGUCAAGAUAACCGAGAAGGAAUUUGUGGAGAAGUUCAUAUGCCCUCACAAGGAAGCUGCACCACACCUUGCUAAAGAUUAUGCGGCAGCCUGCAAAGAUGAAGUGCCGACUAGAUUCAGAUUUACAUGA